UAGAAACACGAAACCCAUCCUCUUUCCCCCCCUCUCUCUCUUUGUCUCUCAAGUUUAAACGCCAACCCACCAUGGAAGACAUCAUUACAGCACUAACACUCCUGUUCCUCCUCUACGCCAUCUCCCUCCUCCUCAAGCUCCUCCUCCAAUGGCGGAACCAAUGCUGCUACAUGCUCGCCUACCAAUGCUACAAACCCGCCGACCCAACCAGAAAACUCGAUACCGAUACCUGCGUCCGAGUGGUCCAACGCAACAGAAACCUCUCCCUCGAUGAGUACCGCUUCCUCCUCAAGACCAUCGUCAGCUCCGGCAUCGGCGAGCACACGUACGGCCCCAAAAACGUGCUCGACGGGCGCGAGUACUCCCCGACCCUAAACGACGCCGUCUCUGAGAUGGACGACAUCAUCUUCGACACGCUCGACAACCUCUUUGCCAAGAACCCCGGCGUGUCCCCGUCCAACAUCGACAUCGUCGUCGUGAGCGUGUCCCUGUUCUCCCCCUCCCCUUGCCUCACCUCCAGAAUCGUCAACCGCUACAAAAUGAGGCACGACAUCAAAGCCUUCAAUCUGUCCGGGAUGGGGUGCAGCGCCAGCAUCGUGGCCAUUGAUUUGGUGAACAAUUUGUUCAAGUGCUACCAGAAUUGCUACGCUGUUGUUGUGGCGACGGAGUCCAUUGGCCCCAAUUGGUACGGCGGGAAGGAGAAACAGAUGAUUCUGUCGAAUUGUUUGUUUCGGUCUGGUGGGUGUUCGAUGCUUUUCACGAAUAAGAGAGAUUUGAGACAUGAGGCCAUGUUGAAGCUCAAGUGUUUGGUUCGGACGCAUCUUGGUGCUAAUGACGAAGCCUAUCAAUGUUGUAUUCAGGUUGAAGAUGAUCAAGGGUAUCGUGGGUUUAGGCUGACAAAGAAUCUCCCAAAAGCAGCGGCAAAAAUAUUUGGUAUGAACUUGAGGGUUUUGGUGCCGAAGAUUUUGCCAUUAAUCGACCUCAUUCGUUACGCCAUUGCUUAUUCUCUCAACCAAAACAAAGCAAAACAAGCCAUGGCUGAAGGCCAACUUGUGGGAUUGAAUCUCAAGACUGGUGUGGAACACUUCUGUAUUCAUCCCGGCGGGAGGGCCGUCAUCGACAGCGUCGGGAAGAGCCUGGGCCUCACCGCUUACGACCUCGAGCCAGCUCGAAUGGCGCUGCAUCGAUUCGGAAACACCUCGUCUGCAGGGUUUUGGUACGUGUUCGGGUACAUGGAAGCGAAGAAGAGAUUGAAGAAAGGAGAUAGAAUCUUGAUGAUAAGCUUUGGAGCUGGAUUCAAGUGCAAUAACUGUGCUUGGGAAGUGACGAGAGAUUUGGAAGAUGAGAAUGUAUGGAAAGACUGUGUUGAUCAUUACCCUCCCCAGUGCUUAGUCAACCCUUUCAUGGAGAAGUACAGUUGGAUCAACGAUGAGUGUCUCAACUUCGUUAGGACUAUUGAAUUUUGAAUUACUUUAAACCCUAAUUUCUUACCCUUAAUUUUCUUCAAAAGUGUUCGUAUUUCUUUCCAUAUUAUGUUUUCAAUUUGGUUUUUAGAUUCCAAUACAUAUAAAUAAUUUGAUUUUAAUUGUUCCCUUAUGGGUUAAAAUAUAUGGUUCGUACGAUUUCUUCGUCGAAGAUGUAUAUGUCUUAACUAGUUGAACUAUGUUCAGAUUGAUUUACGAGAUAAAAUGUGUGUGGUUUGAUAAUUCUCUUAAAA